CUUACACAGUGGCAAAGAUAAAGCAGUAGAACAGAAGAGAAAGGCGAUUGCCAACGAUUAGAGAGCCAGUGCUCUUCAGUCCUGAGCACACAGGGCUCAAAGCUCACCCGUUCUCCGUUAAAUGGAGCGUCCCUGUACCUAGCGAUCCAGCUCCACCCACACCCGAAGUCUUUGACCCUUUCACUGACAUCCAGGGGACUGUAUGGGGGGAGGGUCAGUUUUAGGAAGUGAUUUAAAACACCUCAUUGAAAUUGUGGUUCCCCGUUCCCCUUUUCUGCUUGGAAGACACCCAACAUAAAAGCUUUUUCAAAUUUUUUUUUCAACUUUAGUUUCACUUUCGAGACUGCAGUCAACUUGCCACACACACUUAACUGAUGAAAGCGCCUGGACUGGGGCUCAUGGAAAAAGAAACAGCCGGCAGUCGUCAGCGUCAGUGAAGGAGGCAGAAUCAUGAGCCAGAGUGUGCCUUAUCACAUCUCCUCUCUUUGGGGACUGUUGUCCCUUUGGAUGCUGUGUACCUCCUCCAGCAACAAAUGCACGGUGAGACAGGAAGUAGCCGACUGCAGCCAUCUGAAGUUGACUCAAAUACCUGAUGAUCUGCCCACCAACAUAACAGUGUUAAAUCUUACCCACAACCAGAUCAAAAGAUUGCCACCUGCCAAUUUUACAAGGUAUAGCCGGCUUACUGUCUUGGACGGAGGAUUUAACACCAUCUCAAAGCUGGAGCCAGAAUUGUGCCAAAGCCUUCCUUCGCUGAAGGUUUUGAACCUGCAACACAAUGAGCUUUCUCAGCUUUCAGAUAAAACCUUUGUCUUCUGCAUGAAUUUGACUGAACUCCAUCUAAUGUCCAAUUCAAUCCAGAAAAUUCAAAAUAAUCCCUUUAAAAACCAGAAGUUUUCUCCAGGGUGUUUCCAUGCAAUUGGACAAUUAUUUGGCCUCUUUCUGAACAAUGCCCAACUUGGCCCGAGUCUCACAGAGAAGCUUUGUUUGGAGUUAUCAAACACAAGCAUUCAGACUCUGUCUCUGAGUAACAGCCAGCUGACCAGAAUCAGCAAUAAGACUUUCCUCGGACUGAAGCACACCAACCUCACCAUGCUCGACCUUUCCCACAAUAACUUGAAUAUGAUCGAUGAUGACUCCUUUGCUUGGUUUCCACAUCUCAAGUAUCUCUUCCUGGAGUAUAAUAACAUAGUGCAUUUGUCUAAUCGCUCAUUUUAUGGACUUUUCAAUGUGAGAUACCUUAAUUUGAAACGAUCUUUCCCUAAACAAAGUGUGUCCCUCACUUCACUUCCCAAGAUUGAUGAUUUUUCCUUUCAGUGGCUAAGAUGCUUGGAGUACCUUAACAUGGAAGAUAAUGAUAUUCCAAGCAUAAAAAGAAAUAUGUUCACAGGAUUGAUAAACCUGAGAUACUUAAGUCUAUCCAACUCCUUCACAAAUUUGAGAACUUUAAAAAAUGAAACAUUUUCAUCACUAGCUCAUUCCCCCUUACUCAGACUCAACCUGACCAAAAAUAAAAUCUCAAAAAUAGAGAGUGAUGCGUUCUCCUGGUUGGGCUCCCUAGAGGUGCUUGACAUUGGAAUUAAUGAAAUUGAGCAAGAACUCACAGGACAGGAAUGGAGAGGUCUAGAAAAUAUUUUUGAAAUCUACCUUUCCUACAACAAAUACCUACAACUCACUAGCAACUCCUUUGCCCUGGUCCCAAGCCUUCAAAGACUGAUGCUCCGAAGGGUGGCUCUUAAAAAUGUGGAUAUCUCCCCUUCACCUUUCCACCCUCUUCAUAACUUGACCAUUCUGGAUUUAAGCAACAACAACAUAGCCAACAUAAAUGAAGAAAUGUUAGAGGGCCUUGAAAAGCUAGAAAUUUUGGAUUUGCAGCACAACAACUUGGCACGGCUCUGGAAACAAGCAAACCCCGGUGGUCCUGUCCAUUUCCUCAAGGGUCUUUCCCACCUUCACACCCUUAACUUAGAGUCUAAUGGCUUUGAUGAGAUCCCAGCAGGGGUUUUCAAGAAUUUAUUUCAACUAAAAAGCAUCAACUUAGCCUUGAAUAACUUAAAUAUACUUCCACCAUCUGUCUUUGAUGACCAGGUAUCUCUGAAGUCAUUGAACCUUCAAAAGAAUCUCAUAACAUCAGUUGAAAAGAAUGUUUUUGAGCCAGUUUUCAAGAACCUGAGUAAUUUAGAUAUGAGCUUUAACCCAUUUGAUUGUACAUGUGAAAGUAUUGCCUGGUUUGUUAAUUGGAUUAAUAAGACACGCACCAACAUCUCUGAGUUAUCAAGUCAUUACCUCUGCAAUACUCCACCUCAGUAUCAUGGGUUCUCAGUGAGGCUUUUUGAUACAUCAUCCUGCAAAGACAGUGCACCUUUUGAACUCCUUUUCAUGAUCAAUACCAGUUUCCUGUUAUUUUUUAUCUUUAUUGUGCUGCUCAUCCAUUUUGAGGGCUGGAGGAUAUCUUUUUAUUGGAACGUUUCAGUACAUCGAAUUCUUGGUUUCAAAGAAAUAGAUGGCCAGCCAGAGCAGUUUGAAUACACAGCAUAUAUAAUUCAUGCAUACAAAGAUAGGGACUGGGUCUGGGAACACUUUUCCUCAAUGGAGGAAGAAGAUCCAUCUAUCAAAUUUUGUCUAGAAGAAAGGGACUUUCAGGCAGGUGUCCUUGGACUUGAAGCAAUUGUCAAUAGCAUCAAAAGGAGCAGGAAAAUUAUUUUUGUUAUAACACAGCAUCUUCUAAAGGACCCAUUAUGCAAAAGAUUCAAGGUACACCAUGCAGUUCAGCAAGCUAUCGAACAAAACUUGGAUUCAAUUAUAUUGAUUUUUCUAGAGAAUAUUCCAGAUUAUAAACUGAACCACGCACUCUGUUUACGAAGAGGAAUGUUUAAAUCUCGUUGCAUUUUCUAUUGGCCAGUUCAUAAAGAACGGAUAGAUGCUUUUCAUCAUAAAUUGCAAGUAGCACUUGGAUCUAGAAAUUCACUACAAUAAAUGAGAAAAGAAAUAACUUUCCCAAUUUAGAAAGUUCCAUGGAAAACUCAAGUUUCACUUGAAAACACUGUAAUUUGUAGAUGACAAUAGGUGACGGGAUUCUAUCAUAAUUACAUCUCAUCUAUGGAAACGUAUCUCUGUAGACACACUUUCAGGAGUCUUGUUGAUGGAUUAAUCAACCCAUAGUAAACAUAUUAGUGCAUAAGAACAUUUUCUACUAAUGAGUAUAUUAAUGGUCACAGAGUCUUGUGAUAAAUGAGUUUCAGAGUAUUCUUCAUUGAAAAAACUAGUUAGAAAAAAGAAAGAAAGAAAAGUUAGGGUUAUGUAAGGGUUCAUGAUAAUUGUUUUUGGAUGCACUUAUAAUCUAAUGAAAGGUACUUGUUUUAAUGGAUAUGAUGUUACUUAAAUUAUAAAAGAAUGAAAUACAAAGGUGACUCAAAAAGUUCAUGGAAAAGGAAAUAAAAAUACUGUACAGGUUCCACAAAUAUUUUGAGGAUCCUUUUGUUUAUAUUUACAUUUUUAAAAGUUUAAUUACAAUAGUUUUUCAACUGAAAAGGGUUGUAUUUUAGUAGUGCCUGUCCAGUGUUAAUUCUAUUAAAUGCUUAAAUAGCUUUUUAAUAUACACAAUGUAGGGCAGAAAAAAAUUGCAAUACAUUUUGAUUCAUUAAUGAAGUAAAUAUUUUAAUAAAUACUUGUGUUAUUAUGAUAUUUAAGUAUCUUCUACAGGGGGUAGAAGCAAUUCUUUUACUUAAAAGUAUUGUAGAAAGAUUUGCUUCCUGAAGGUUAAUCAGUAGAAUGGCUUUGUGGAAACAAAGAAUUUUCCUUUCUGAUCACUGACUUGGGAGGUGGAAUUGACCACAUCAUUUGGUCCCACUGAGAUUCUUUUACUCCAGAUCUUGAAAAUUAGGAUGAUAAACAGAUCAUAAGCAUUUCUAUGUUGUUAGUGACCAGGAUUAUGGUGUAAUAGAUUCAUGUGUAAUAUAUUAUUGUGCCAUAAAAGAGAAUGCUAUGUGAAGUUAGCCCUUAUUUAGGAAGACAAUUAAUUUGAUUUUGGAGUCUUAACUAUUGAAAACAAACAGGACUAGCUUUUUGAAUGUAGAGUUAAUUUCUAUACUUGCAGUACUCAUUUGCAUAGUUUAGAGGGCAUUUGAGGUGUUACAUUAUUUUGAAACUUGAUUUAAAUGAUUUUUUUUAUUCUCAGGGAUAAGUCCAUACAACCCUGAGAUAAGUAACAUUCAUUGUCGUGCUGAUUCUGAAAAAGUGAAUGUGAAUACAUGGGGACUCAUUUUCACUUUCACAUUGUUUGCCAUCCUUACAUCUGAGACAUUUAUGUUCACAGCAUUUUAGGUAAGAUUUACUUUUUAACUGUGAAAUGUAACUGUAAAAUUCAAAACUACUUCAUUCUUAAUACGACUUGUGUGUUGUUUAUCAAUGUUCUCAAGUUUUCAUUAAAAUAUGUUAAAAUAACCUAACUAUUGUUAAUUAAUCAAAAUAUCAUCAGAGUGUAAAAUGUAAGGUUAAAAAUAACUUCAUUUUAUUCUCAUGUUUAUUUUCUUGUGCGAUAGCUGAUCAAAGGGCCACAAUUUAUAUUGGGUCCAAAUAUAAUUUUUAGGGCCGGCCAUGUGGCUCAUUUGGCUAGUUCUCUGCCUGCGGCGCUGGCACUCCUGGUUCUAGUCCCAGUUGGGGCGCCAGAUUCUGUCCCUAUCGCUCCUCUUCCUGUCCAGCUCUCUGCUGUGGCCCAGGAAGGCAGUGGAGGAUGGCCCAAGUGCUUGGGCCCUGCACCCGCAUGGGAGACCAGGAAGAAGCACCUGGCUCCUGGCUUGGGCUCAGCGCAGCGCGCCAGCCGUAGUGGCCAUUUGUCGGGGGGUGAACCAACAGAAAAGGAAGACCUUUCUCUCUGUCUCUCUCUCUCACUAUCCAACUCUGCUUGUCAAAAAUAAAUAAAUAAAUAAUAAAACAAAUAUAAACAAAUAUAAUUUUUAAAGAGUUGGUUAAUAUGUAAGAGAUUACGAUUCACUAGGAAUGACUUUUUUAAAUGAAUACAAGUAACAUGAAUAAUAGGUGCAAAUGCUGACUUGUUGUUGACCUUCGUAGGAAACAACAUCCUGAACGCUUGCAGGCUGUCCUUUAUAACUGUUCUCAGGAGGAGUCCUCUCCCCUUGGGUGCAAGACAAGGGGAUUGCAGGAAAGGAUGUUUGUCUGAUGUCCUAUCUAAUUUCCACCAGCAACUUGCCUACUUUGAGUCCUCUCCGGGUGCCAUCGCGGAAUCUGUUCACUCCAACUCCUUCCUGUUUUUCUGCCUUGCAAAACAAAGCCCAAUUGAAUCAGUACUGAGUUUAAAAUAGAUCUCAGUAUUUAUAUUGGACCUAAAAUGAUAUCUUUUAGGUUGUAGUAAAAAGUAGAUGCAAAUCAAUUUGUUAGUGAGGAAGGGUGUUUUCAGUGCUAUUUUUUUUUAAUAACCUCAAACUACUCAAACAUAUACCUUGGAAUAUUUGUAAAAGGAACUCAACAGUAAGUGAUGGUCAACAUUAGAAUAUGUAAAGAUGCUUCAAAAUCCAGGACUUAAAAAGUAUCUCUUGCCUUCUACAAAGAAGAAAGCAAAUUAGUGGUUGUCUGGGCCUAGGGGUCGAAGAGGAAUGACUACAAAAAGGUAGAAGAGAUAUUUUUAGGAUGAUGAAAAAACUCUGCCUCUAGGGCAUCCUAGAAAUCUCUUCAUAUCUUUGCCUGUAAAGUCAAAGUCAAAAUGGAGUGUGGCUAAAAGCUAAUUGUAGAUCUCUUGCUUCUGUACAUACUAGCUUUGCUUGCUACCUGCUAAGGGUGCAUCUUGUGAAACUAUGGGGCCCCAAAUUCCAAGGAACUGAGAAAGGACACAACCCGAGUGUUCUGCCUAAGUUGACAGAAAUGCGCCCUGCACUGUUACCUUACAACCAUACCUUGGGUUUAUCAUUAUUCCUGGGUUUGUUAUUGUUAACUGUUAUCUUACAACCAUAUUCUGGGUUUUUUAUUGUUCACUGCAUACCGGGGUUCGGUUCGAAAUUAUGAGCCCUAGUGGACAGAAUACUAUAAAAAGCUGUGUAACUCGCUGUUGGGGGCCGCACUCUGGUAAGGAGUGUCGGUCCUGAUUGGUUGCCUUGCCUCUCAUUUUCAAUAAAAUUCAUGUGUG